GGGGCCACAGCAGGGAUUGGCUGUGAGACAGACAGCAUGGCUGUCCCUGGGAGAUUUGCCUGUGUAAGGACUGCAGCACCCCGCCCGACAGUAGAGUGAUGUGUGUACAUAUACGUGGGUCAGAUUCAUGGCCCGGUUUGAAAGUAACUCCAAAUGCAGGCCCCAGUUUGCCUCCUCGCCUCCCCCAGCCCCCUUACUCCGGAGCUGGCAGGCCACUGAAAUCAGGCAAUGCCCUUCUCGGCGUGAGUCGUCUGGCCGAAGCGACUGCACCAUGGACUGGGGCAUUGUCAGGAUGGGGGAAGGGCCUGUGCCGUGGUCCCUAACGCAUCUCCUCUUCUUUCCUUUGGUCUGGCAGGACCGCCUGGUGGGAUGCCCCCACCAAAUGCGCCAAAUUGUCCCCCUCCCCGUCCUGUAUGCCCUGGACCUGGUGUGCCCCACCCAGAUGGACCCCACCCGCAUGAACACCACCCGCAUGGACACCCGCAUGGACCCCCGAUGCCCGGUGGACCUGGAUGCCCUCCUCCUCCUGGGUGUCAUCCCCCAGGUAGCCCUCAUGGGCAUCAUAAAAAGUAGAAGCAUAAGAAGCAUGGCCAUGGUCAUCAUGGACACAAGCAUGGAAGUGGAUCAAGCAGCAGUUCUGACUCGGAUUAAGAAAGCGCCUCCUGCCGGCCUGGCUCACAUCGGUGGCACAUCAGCAGCAGAAGCCAAUUACAGUUUAAGAACGUCUGUUAGUUGGCUCCAGUUCGCUUUUCCGCUGCCCUUUGCUUCCUCUUCGAAAUGAAUGUCGUGUAACCUUGUGGCUA